CUGUCACAAGACACUUUGCCUCCUAGAAUGGCAGACAUUCUCCCCACAGAGUUUGAUGUGAUUAUAAUAGGAACAGGUCUGCCUGAAUCCAUCCUUGCUGCUGCAUGCUCAAGAAGUGGACAGAGGGUUCUACAUAUUGAUUCAAGAAGCUACUAUGGAGGGAAUUGGGCUAGUUUCAGUUUUUCAGGAUUGCUAUCCUGGUUGCAGGAGUAUCAGCAAAACAGAGAUACUGAGGAAGAAAAUACUGCCUGGGAAGACUUGAUUCAUGAAACAGAGGAAGGCAUCACUCUUUGCAAGAAGGAUGAAACCAUUCAACACAUAGAAGUUUUUUGCUAUGCCAGUCAAGAUAAAGAGCACAAUGUUCAAGAGAUCGGUGCUCUUCAGAAAAGUCCCUCCUCAAUGACAUCUAGUACCCUCAUUGAAUCUGUGGAUUCUGCGUGCUUGCCCAAAGAAAGGGACUCCUCAUACUUCACUAGCUCUGAAAUAUCUGCCCAACAUACCCAAAAAAGUGAUAAAGAUAUUUCACUAGAAGUAACUGAUAUACAAGAAUCAUUAGAGAAAGAUAAAACUUGUAUACACACAAUUUCAGGUGGGAGUAAAGGUGAAAACAAACCUACAAUAGAAGAUAACAUUGAUCAGCCAAAGAGAAAUAGGAUUACUUAUCCUCUAAUAGUUGAAGAAGGCAGGAGAUUUAAUAUUGAUUUGGUAUCAAAGCUGCUAUAUUCCCAAGGAUCACUGAUUGAUCUUUUAAUCAAAUCAAAUGUUAGUCGUUAUGCAGAAUUUAAAAAUGUAACUAGGAUUCUUGCAUUUCGGGAAGGAAAGGUAGAACAGGUGCCUUGCUCCAGAGCAGAUGUGUUUAAUAGCAAAGAACUCACUAUGGUUGAAAAAAGGAUGCUGAUGAAAUUUCUUACCUUUUGUUUAGACUAUGAACAACAACCUGAUGAAUACCAAGAUUUCAAGCAAUGUUCAUUUUCAGAGUUCUUAAAAACUAAAAAGUUAACCCCCAGCCUCCAACACUUUAUACUACACUCAAUUGCAAUGACAUCAGAAUCAUCAUGUAGCACAUUAGAUGGCCUUAAAGCAACAAAAAACUUCCUUCAGUGUCUUGGACGGUUUGGCAACACUCCGUUUUUAUUUCCCUUAUAUGGCCAAGGAGAAAUUCCCCAGUGUUUUUGCAGGAUGUGUGCUGUUUUUGGUGGAAUCUAUUGUCUUCGCCAUAAAGUACAAUGCCUUGUAGUUGACAAAGAAUCUGGUAGAUGUAAAGCAAUUGUAGAUCACUUGGGUCAAAGAAUAAAUGCUAAAUAUUUUAUUGUGGAGGAUAGUUACCUUUCUCAGGAAACAUGCUCCAAUGUGCAGUAUAAACAGAUCUCAAGGGCAAUACUCAUUACAGAUCAGUCUGUACUAAAGACAGAGUCAGAUCAACAGAUUUCCAUUUUGAUAGUGCCUCCAAUGGAAUCAGGAACCUGUUCUGUUCGGGUCACGGAAUUAUGUUCAUCAACCAUGACAUGCAUGAAAGACACGUAUCUAGUACAUCUGACCUGUGCAUCUUCAAAAACAGCAAGAGAAGACUUAGAAUCCGUGGUGAAGAAAUUAUUCACUCCUUUUACUGAAACAAAAGAAGAAAAAGAAGAACUUAGAAAGCCAAGACUUUUGUGGGCUCUAUAUUUUAAUAUGAGAGAUUCCUCGGGAAUCAGCAGAAGCUCCUAUGAUGGCUUACCUUCAAAUGUUUAUGUCUGCUCUGGGCCUGACUGUGGACUGGGAAAUGAGCAUGCAGUCAAACAAGCAGAAACUCUGUUUCAGGAGAUGUUUCCUGGUGAAGAAUUCUGUCCUCCUCCUCCAAAUCCAGAAGACAUUAUCUUUGAUGGUGAUGAUAAGCAACCAGAAGCUCCUGGAACCAACGUAAUAAUGGCCAAGCUUGAAUCCCCCGAGGAAAGCCAAAACUUGGAAAGCCCGGGGAAGCAUCUUCAGAAUUAGAAAAGAACUCAAAAUGCUCUUCAUCCUGGAAUCGAUAUAUUAUUAUUUGAAGGACAGCUUCCUACAUAAAAGAAUGGUAUGCAGAUUUCUUUAACAUGAUUUGAGACAUUGGGCACUGGGUGUCUUUGUGAACCUAUUAUUUGUCACUGGACUUUUUUUUUUUUUUUUUUUAAUUUCAGAAUCGGCUCCAUGAUCCAGAAUAUCAAAAAAGGAUUAGCUUUAUUUUAAUAUUGGGUAUUGUGUGAGGAUUCCAUGUUAGCAGCUUUGCUAAAGAAAAGUAAUAUUGUGCCUACUGCUGGUCUUUAAAUUUUCUUUAUCUAUAGAAUAAUUAAUAUCAUUUAAGAAAUACUCUAGUUACUAUUGCAGCUACUAAAAUUGCUAUCACCUCUGCUUGAAUAGUGAAACACAUACAAAUAAUAAAUUUUGUGAGUCUUUUGUAAAUAAUAUAAACAUGUAGGCUUGGUAGUAGGAAUAGCAAUAGUACAAAUACCAAUAUGAUAAAAUACAAUUGUUUCUAAUUGUUAAGUCUGAUGUUAACAAUACAUUUUGCAGGUGAAUUUAUCUACUUGACCCUUAUAACCCAUGAGGCAGUGAGACCAUUAUAGCCUUCUACUUUAAAGAGUCAAGAGUUUGUAGUUGAAGAGCUCAUUUGUGGGAGAUACACUCCAAGGAAAUUUAGAAGUUAGAGUAGUUAAAAAAAAAAUCUGUAAAACCUUGCUUUGACAUCUAAAACAAAAGAUCUUCAACAAGUAACUCAGGCCAAAAUAAAAGAUAAAUGACCCCAGAAAAAAGAUAUUUCAGGAUGACCAUUCCAAAAUUCCUAAAAAGGAUCCAAAGGAAAAACUGAGUGGGACACUUUUAACCUAGGAUUAUAGAUUAUUUUAAAAUUUUCUGCUUAAAUAGACUUUCUUAUCCCAGUUUUCUCAGGAUGAAACUACCACCUUUUUGUCUCUGUCACUUUAAUUAGCAAUAGUAACCAAGAUACUGAGUCAAAGUAGGAUUUACUGUGCCCCUAUGGUUGUGUCCCAUCCCACAAAUAGGUAACAACAGCCUUCAUAAAGGUGAAAGCUUGGGAAGCUGUCAGAGGAGAUGAAUUUCCAUGAUUAAUUCCAUUUCCAAUCCUUAGGCAGAGAGAAUGAUAAUCCUAUAGAAACCCAAACUAUUUCAUAACCGUGUUUGUUCUCAAAAUAGCAUUUACUAUGUGCUGGGCAUACUGUGCUUUCUCACUACAGUUUCUCAAUAAUAUAAGGCAGAUACUAUUGCAUACAUUUUCAAAGAAGUAUGGAGACUCAGUUAUUAAUCAUUACUCAUUCUGAUGUGUGGAUGAGCCAGUAUUGGAACCCAUUCUUUCAUGAUUCCAUAAACCAUUCAUCUUUCCAUCUGCAAUCAUUGUUAGAAACGUAUAGGUACAGAAUGAGAACGAAAAGGUGCCCAUGAAAAUCAAAAUCUAAUGUUGCUGGGCAAGAAAAGUAGACAGACCCUGGUCUUGCAGCUUAUUGUUAAGUUAGAGAAAUGUGAAUAAGAUUAAUUAAAUGUAUUAGAGCUAUGAAUCUCAUUGAAGCAGAAUUCGACUUAAGUUUAACAAAAUAAUGCUCUUUGGUGACAUCUUUUGGUCUGAAGUUCUAAAAAAUGUUAGUAGACCAAAAUAUGUUCUAAUUCAGUCCUUCAUCACAGAUUUAAGUAAUUGACAGAUUUAAGUAAGACAGAUUUAAGUAAUUGACAGCAUACUGGAAGUAUAAAAAUCAUGGGCUGAUAUUAAUAUUGACUUUUAAAAUACAGUAAAGUGGUAUAUUAGUAAGUAGAUACUAAAGUUUAAACCUAUCAAAAAGUUGAAAUGCCUAAUUACUACAAAAUACUAAUUAAAAUGAAUAAAAUUGUGAGAUAAAUAAAAUGAAAGUGAAAGUAAUUCAGACUUACUAAAGUUUUUCAGUAUCACAGGUUAUUCAUGAGAAAUACAGAAAAAUAACAGUGAAAAGUUGCAAAAUACAGUAUCAACAGACAUAAUGGAAAUAAAAAUAAAAAGUAUUAUAUGAGGCCACAAAAGAGAUUGUUUUAAAAAACUAACAAUGAAUAUCUUACUUUCUUAAAUCAAUACAAAAUAGCAAGUUGGAAAUAAGACAAGUUAUAAACUGUAAAAAGCAUUUAAAAAUAUAGAGGAUAUUAUAAUCUAGUAUAGUUUUCUGAUAAAUUAGAAUUUGACCCAAUGGAUUUAUUAACUUUUUUAAAUGUUUAAGGAAAAUGUGUAUCAAAAAAUAUGAUAUACUAACAUUAAUUGCAUUUUGAGGUACAUACGGCUUCAAUAUUAAAAUUCAAACAUUCUUUAAAAGGUCUCAUUCUUAGCAAAUGCAAUAUGAAAAGGAAAAUGUUGUCCAAUAAUACAUCAACAAAAGUCUUUAUUUAUUGUGACUCAGAAGGCUGAUGUUCAGCAAAGCAGCCAUUAUAUCAACAUAAGUAGAAUAAAAUGGGAAAAAAUUCAAAGUAUUAGCUACUGCCAAAGUUAGUAGUCUCAACUCUUUAAAAAUUUAUCAUUCAUCUUUGUUUUAAUUAUCUUUGGUAAUGAUUUCAUUUUUUUAGUGUGAUAAUUACUUGAAACUAAUAAUUAAUAUUCAUAUUGAGGAAACAAAUAUUUCUCAGUUUGAAAUUAAACUAUGCUGGCACCAUUUUCUUUAUAUAUGGUUGAAGAAAUUUGCCAUUGUGAAAAAGAAAUUCACAAAAUAAGAAAGAUAAGAAAACACCACAAAUUUUAUUUUCUAUUUACAUGGCUUUAUAGCUAGCUAAUCUUAUACUGUCAUAUAAAUCUAUUAAUGAGACUAAUUCAGAAAGUUGCAGGAUAUAUCAUUGUUAAAAAUCUAAUUUCUAUAUGCCAACAGUGACUGCAGUGUUUGGGUAUUAAUAUAUAUGAACCAUAUAAAGGAUGUUAUGCAACUAUAUUGAGACAAUUUAAGAAAAAUGCUUAAAUAGAAGCAGGUUGAAGGAGCUAAAUUUAAAAUAUGUGCAUACUCUCAUGAGAGACAUCCUGAUAUAAUGGAAAAGUUGUACAUGUGGAGUCCUAGCAUCACAUCUUAUUAGUUGUCUCAGGGAAAAACACUUUUAGCUUCCAUUUUACCACCUAUAUUAGAAUUAAUAAUUAUUGUGAGGAUUGAGUUAGUGAACAUGAAAUUAUUGUCCAAAGGAAUGUCAAUAUAUAACAUGGAUAUGUAGAUUUAUUUUAAUACCAUUUAACAUUCCUACUGGAUGUUUCAUGUAACUUGACAGAAUUGAAAGAAAUUACCUAGGCAAGUAAACAGGUAAAGAUGUUUUUAAAUUACGAGAAAAAGUGGGAGCUUUGCCUUUUAAGUCUUUGAAGCAUGCCUUUGAGUGACUUAUCUAAAAAUUCUGUGAUGCUGAGCAGAAAGCUUAGCUAAUAUGAAUAAACAGAGGUAUUUAAUAGCCACUGACAGAAAGUAUUUAAUAACUAUUGGUAGAAAGACUAGUUGUUUCAUUUUGGACAUAGAUUAACAUCAUAUGAUAAUGCAAUUUAUGCCAGUUGAAUUAAAAUGUUAACUAUAAAAGUAAAAACGAAAAUAUUACAAUUUUCAUUCCAAUAUUGGUGCCAAGGAACUUCAUGGCAAUGAGAAAUAUUGACAAGGUAGAUCAACAAAUAAAAAGAUGAAAAAUUAUAAUGAACAAAAAGAAAAGGUGGAAUAAAAAGGGUGUUUGCAUUAUAUAAGUGGUUUAAUAAUGUUUUUAAAAGUAGAUGGAAAUCCUUAAGGCUUUGUCCUCUUUACUAGGUAGAUUUAGUAAGGGAUAGGUUACAAAUGAGAAGAUAUAAGUAAAAAUAAAUUUUUAGAAAGAUGUUCAAGUUAAAUAUUUUAAAA